AUUUUUUUCAUUACGAAUACAACGGCACAAAAAAAAACAAAAGUUGGUUCAACAGGAUGGUGCACCCGUGCACAAUGCCGCUAAUCGGACAAAUUUCCUGGAAAAUUGUAAAUUUCUCCGAUAGGUGUUCUCUCACGAUUGGGGCGUUCUGCACGAGUGCCCCAUCCUGUUGAAACCAAGAGUUUCCAACUUUUGUUUUUUUUUUAUGCCCUACAAAAAUGAUAUACGUGUGUAAACAUCAGGAUAACUACAAAGGUACAGAAACAGUCACUUGAGGGUGGGCCAGGUACACCCUAUCUCUCUAAAAUGUUUGAACACUCCAUGGGGCAUGUGGAAUAAGGGAGAUGUGUACGUACUACCGACUUAGUGCAUGAAUAAUUCUACUUUAUGUGUAAAAGAAAAAAGGCGACCAGGUCAUGUCAUGUGGUACAACCGUAGCACACUUUACUUUUAGGCGAGCCUUUGAUUUGUUACUGCGAGUAGAGUAACCAUAUUCUUUGGCUUCAGUGUAUGCAGUUUAUUGAAGUAGUGCGAGUUGCCCCCGUUUGGUAAUUGCUAAAUUUUAUAUAUCUUAUAUUUAUUUGUAUGGUUAUUUUUUGUUCUGAUGAAGCUCCUUACGAAGGUGGGUGAAGCCUUGACUAUCCAUAUCCACCAGCUUCACCUUUGACAUUUGGAUGUUUGAUUAGGAAAGGGUAAAGGAGAUUAUUAAGUGAAUUAGCCGAUGAUAAAGCUAUUUUUGGGAUGUUUAUGAUCACUAAACAUUUGUGUAUCUACAAUAUAAUAAUAAAUGUGGUAAAAUUGUGAAUGUGUAGGUAUGUUCGUUAAUACCAGAAGGGUGAUCCAGAAAUGUUCCAAAACGAGUGUUGCAGCAUUUAUGAGAGUAAUGUAUAGUAAAAAGUCGACAAUCAUUGAAAGCCAAAUAAAUCAUUUUAAUCAGUUACAAGAACUGUGGUGGAAUGAGAACGGCGCCUUGAAGGGUCUUCACUCUAUGAACAAACUAAGAGUUCCUUUCGUUUGGGAAGGCUUGGUUAACUCAGGAGUUGUUCAUAAAGACUUGCUUCUUAAACAAAACCCACAACCUCUCACUAGCAUAGAAAUAUUAGAUGCGGGAUGUGGAGGUGGGAUUCUAGCGGAGGCAUUAAUGAGAUCAGGCGGUACGGUAACUGGUAUUGAUCCGGCAGAAGAAUUACUAGAAGUAGCCAAGCAUCAUAAUGUAUCUCGUAAUAUAAACUACUACCCAGUUACAGUUGAAGAAUUCUCAAAAGAGAACAAAAACAAGUUUGAUGCAGUCGUCUCUUCAGAAGUGAUAGAACAUAUUUGUGAGUUGGAAGUUUUCUUGGAGAAGUGUAUUCGUUGUUUAAAACCUGGAGGUUCUCUCUUUAUAACUACUGUGAACCAGACACUACUUGCUUAGUUGCAUAUUAUCCUGCUUGCAGAGAUGGUGUUGAGACAACUACCAUCAGGAACUCAUCAUUACCGUAACUUUGUUCCACACCAGCGACUACUAACGAUUUUGGAAAAUAAUGAAUGCAGAAUUUGUACAGUUCGAGGAAUGGUGUACAACUUCAUGAAUAAUGAUUGGUAUUGGACCAAAUCACCGGCAAUUACUUACGCUGUGCACGCUAUUAAAAACUAAUUGUUACAUACAAAGUACAAAUAUUGAACACCAACAAUGUAUAAUGAAAAUUUUAUAGAAGUAUUUCCACCAGAAGAAUUCCAUUUAUCGAUUGUCUAUCCGUAGAUAUCUAUGAUUUUUGUAUUACGAACUAGAUACCCACUAUUGCAACUAAGAUAUUGGUUUUUCAAUUACUUUUUGGUGUAAUUUGAUAUAAAAUGUAUUGUUAUGUAACUCACCUGGUUGCACCUACAUCUCGACGUACCUACUAUUAUUGUAGUAUUUUUUAUUACGAAUACAACGAUAUACGGCACAAUGUGUUGGAAACUGAUGAGGUUUCAACAGGAUGGUGCAACCGCGCACAACGCCAGAAUCAUGUGAGAAUAUUAAACAAUUUUCUUGGAAAAUAGAAAAUUGGUCCCAUAGGUAUUCGGGCGUUGUGCACAAGUUGAAGUUCUAUUUAUCUUAAAUCAAUAUAUUUCUAGUCAAUUAAAAACCAAUACAAGUCAAUAAAAAAUGAGUUUGAGCCCAAAACAGAAGCUUAUAUUUUAAACGUACUCUCAAUGUACCGUGGUACCUGCAUAGUGGGUGUCAUUUUAUAUCGUGGAUUUCAAACCAGAAUGACAGAUGCCAUUAGAA